CACCAAAAGAGAGAAGUUUUGCUUGAGUCCAGUGGUUCUAGCUAUCAAAUUCUUGAUAAGGACUCGCCAAUUGUUGAUGAAAUCACUGAAAUAGAAGAAAAUAUUUGGUGCCCAAGGCUAGGCUUGAAAGGAAAGAUUGAUGUGACUGUUCGUGCUCGGCUGCCGUUUAAAUCUUCCGUAACUUUGGACAUGCCAUCACUAUCAACCGAUGAACAAUCUAAGCAUGAUCAAUGUGCCCUGGUGCCUAUUGAGCUAAAGACUGGAAAGCCGUCCUACUCUCUUGAACACCUUGGCCAAGUGACGAUAUAUUUAUUUCUCUUUAUCAUAUAUCUAUGA